AUGGACUUGGCUCUUGGCUUUCAGCUCUGCCACUUUCUGAAUGACCAUAUCAUUGAGGAUGCUCUCAGCUGCAAGCAACGAAAAACGCAAUGGAACCUGGCCAACUCAACCUUUCUUAACUCCCUUAAACAGAAGGUCCAGGGAGAGGGCUGUGCCCGGGUUGGAAACCAACUUUGUUCUGCCCUCUCCCCAUUUCCCUUUUAUGAUCUGGAAUUACAAGGGGCCCAAGAGGACCUGGGCAUUUCCCUCCCUAGUCCCCUGGGGGACCAUGGAGCCAGGUCAGGAAACAGGGCAGAGGGCAGGAGCGGCGUCUGUCUCCAGCCCUCUGGAAUGCUGUUUCCUAUCUGUAGAAUGGGGAUAGGUUACUGCUUCUUGUCAUCUCUGCUACUUCGUGUCAUCUCUGCUGCUUUGCAGAGGCAGCUGCUUGCUCCUUACCCUAGGCAGGUGGUCCACACCUGUCUCUAUGCUCCUCUUCUUUCCCCCAAGUGUCCUCCUGGGGCUGGCAAGUUGUCUCAGGUUCCAGCUAAUGCCUCCAGACCAGGUUGGGUCCAAGGAAACACAUGGGCCUCCUCCACUACAAAACUUGAUUCCAGAAGCCUGAAAGUGGCUUCCAGCCCCUCCCACCUGCCUGUGCCAUGCACUCUCCCACUUCCUUUCUCCCAGAUGUGUCUCUGGGGGCUGCUGCUUAGGAAACUCCAGCUGGGGGAGAACAUGUGA